CGAGACUCGUCUCUGACGGACGAGUACACGCCCGAGUCCGUGUGGCUGCACAGCAAGGCCGGCGACGACAUGGCCGAGCCGGCCGGCCCAGGGGGGGACGCGCCCGGCUCGUCCGUCGGCUCUUCCGCGGAGGAGGACGAGGUUGGCCCGGACCGAAGGCGGCGAGACUCGUCUCUGACGGACGAGUACACGCCCGAGUCCGUGUGGCUGCACAGCAAGGCCGGCGACGACAUGGCCGAGCCGGCCGGCCCAGGGGGGGACGCGCCCGGCUCGUCCGUCGGCUCUUCCGCGGAGGAGGACGAGGUUGACCCGGACCGAAGGCGGAACGCGACGGCUAUCUUAGGCGUAGAUGUGGGAGAAAGCGUCUCUGACAACUCCACGACCAACUCCACCUCCAAAGUAUGCAACUGUAUGCCGCUGAACAGAACUCAGGAGGAGCUGACAGUUCAGAUGGUGAGCGCCGCGACGCUGUCUGACGAGCUGGUGCAGGACACGUCGGUACGCUCGCGCAGCACGCCCGCCCGCUGCUUGCUGGUGCUCUUCUACGGUAGCACGUGUCCGUUCUCGGCGGCGGCCGCGCCGCACGUCAACGCCAUGCCGCGCGCCUUCCCCGACCUACCCGUCAUGGCCGUGGACGCGCUGGAGAAUGGCAGCUUGAACACGCGGUUCGGCAUCAUCGCCGUGCCGACCGUCAUCCUCUUCCACAACGGGCGGCCGCAGGCGCGCUUCAACCAGUCGGAGCCGACGCUGCAGCUGCUGGCCGAGUUCGUGCGCGCGCAGACGCAGCUGUCGGCGGCCGUGCUGCUGAACGUAACGUCGGCCGACUUCGGCGGUCCGCUGCCGUCCGUGCCGGAGCAGCGGCUCGAUUGGUACCUGGUGGCCGCCUGGCUCUUCAUCGUCGUGUGCGCGCUGUAUGGCGGCACGCGGUUGCGACUGUGGCGCCGCGCCGCGGACACCGUCAGAAACUGGUGGAUCGAGGCGGAGCAGCACCUGCAUGAGGAGUAGUGCACGCUGAGCCAGGAUUUAUCGUGUG